GAUCAUAUUCGUCUUCCUUCAAAUCAGAGAGUAAAAUACAUGCCUAUGGAUUAUAAGGAAAAGGAGGCGGUUACUGUUUGUCCCGCCCCCUCUUCCUCUAAACCAGGGGGAGGUUUCAAUGUUUGGACCUUUCUCACGGCAGCUGUUGUGUCAACAACAAUCGCUGGAAACAUUGUCAAUAAUGUCAACAAUAACAACAAUAAUAAUAAUAACAACAAUAAUAUAGACAACUCAAACACCAACAACCAAAAUUUCUUCAACAAUGCCAACUCAAACAUGAACAUGAACAUGGUUACCAUGGCAAUGGGCAGAUAUUUUUCACAGCUCAAUGAUAACCAGAGCAUCCUAAAAUCUGCAAUAAAAAAUUGCGCAAAAACAAUAAUUUGCAAAUCAGCGAACUUUUCAGAAGGACGGAAAAGUUUAAUUCCAAAAUUAGUCAGUUUGAUUGCUGGACUUCUGAUUGAUGAUAAUUUUGAUCUUUUAAGCCUUGAAGAUCUUCUAGAAUCUAUGAAAAUUAACGAUUGUAAACAGUUUUCUUGUUUUCCAUUCUAAUAUUUUAAACAUGUUUUAAACGAUAACAAUUAAAUUUACAGGUCCCUUUAGAAUUAGAUUUUUAAAAGCAAUACACUUUAUUUUCUGUGAUCAUCUUUGUCAUGGGAAACCCCAAAACUUUAUUAAAAAGCCUUUUUCUUUAUUUAUUCAAAGUAAGACUAAAACUUGA